AUGAGUAGUAACACUGCGAACACCUCUACGACAGUUGGUGGGUCCGUGAUACCACCAGUGACCUUAGCGACUGUGCAAGCCACAACCCUUUCUCGCAAGGCCGUGGACAGACGGAGGUACUUGGCGGGUUUCACCGCCGGCUGUGUCUCCCGCACUUGCACCGCGCCGAUCGAUCGUCUGAAGGUGUUGCGCCAAACAGCCGUUCCCGAGAUCGCGGGUCGAAAUAUGUUUCACAGUGAGUUUUACAUCACUUUUUUUUUCUGAAAUCCGAGUUGCCUUUAACUCAUGUCUCCUUUGCAUUCAUCUGUCUCCUAGGUAUACAACGGAUUGAGACAGAUUAUCGAAUACCAUCUCACUCGCUCGAACUUAGGUCUUUACACCGGUAGGUCGCUGAUGAUAAUAAAAACUCACUCACUGCCCGGACGACUCCUCUUUGGCUCACUUGCCUCACCAUUGAACAUAGGCGAGGCAAGUUAAAUGAUACGACAGUUCGACUGUCGAUUUCCGCGAUGUCCACCAUAUGCUCCACAGCAGGGCGAGAGCAGGGACGAUGACUUACGCAUGGACUAGUUUAUAGUGCUAGUAGGCUUGCGCAGCGUCUACCGCAGUUCCCCCGCUUGGGCCCGAUGUCAUGGCAACUGGGCACGUUACCAACCCCCAAAUGUUGCCAUUUGUUAUGGGUGCGCAUUCCCGAUAAUUCAUGCUUGCCUCCGAUCUAGUCCUUGUUGGUCUAUCACCUCUACCGCGCUGUCCGUUUUAUGGGCAAAGUAAACGAUGCAUAGUGAUAUCGACAUGCACGCGAGUGCUGUUAACAAGGAUAGGGAAGCUAUAGAAGACCGUUUGCAUUUUUACGUUGUUGGCACGCGAUAACUCGUCUACGGGCCACGAAAUUCCUGCAUCUAAACCCGAAGCUAGUUUAUCACGGAACCGCGAGUUCGCACUUGUAGCUGUCCGCUGAUCCGCCUUACUUGAAUGACGGGCUACCGGUGCUCUCUUUUGCCUUGGAGCUCCGGUCUGUAAGCCCAAGCUUCAGAACAAUGGACAGUAAGGACUAGGAUGAUAUUUUAUAGCAAUAUAAUGUCGUUAUCAGUCAACCAUAACUCAGCUUGGGGCUAGUAAGAACCCGGAUCCUGUUAGUUAUUUUACUUGAGGCCCAGACGGUUGAGACACUGCAGGUGACUUUGGAUGUAGGAAAAGUCAUCGUAUCUAUUUUCAAAAAUUUAGAGAAAAAAUCGAUUGAAUCUAUUUCCAAGUAGGAAAAUGAAGAGAACUUAACUAGUUUCUGACUCCGGGGUUGCCUAAUAAGGCUCAAACUGGCCCGAAACGAUGAUUUUGCGGUAGCUUUUCCCUCUUUCCUCCCCUUCCCGUAAAUACUCAUAGUCCUAUACUGUGUCAGCAACUCGAAGCAACCUUAGCUUGCUUUUCUUAUCCUUUAACUAUAUUGGUAACAGAGGACCACUAUUUUGGGACGUAGGCGACUGUUGUCGAUUACGUUUUCGGGCCUGCCCCGAUCCACUGUAUCUUAUUUUCCACUUCUUUGCUGCCUGCAUACAUUCUGACCGCGACUGUUAAUUAACUUUUGGUCUUUGGGAAUCUAGGCUUUAAGGUUAUGAUUGCGGACGGAGGUCUGCGUUCCCUCUGGCGAGGCAAUGGCGUAAAUGUCCUGAAGAACGGUCCCGAAACGGCUUUGCGUUUCGGAUUCCAUGGGAGACUGAAAGACGUCCUCUUUCCAGGCGCAAAGGAUCUUCAACCCUCCCAACGAUUUCUUGUGGCCUCCCUCGCUGGCGCCGGAUCCCUAACUCUGACCUACCCUCUUGAGGUAUCCACUUCGUUUCCGUUCUUUAUGCUGUCUUCCUGCUCAGCAUGCGUCGUCAAUUUCAUCCUUAUCAGUACGCCGAUAGCACUACCAUAACUAAUAAUUUGCCUUUCGUGGUCGAUGAGAGCCCUGUUUGUCCUGAUGUCGCAGCGGUGACUUGCGCGUGAAUUGGUUAGUAGUUAGGAAGACUAUGCUGCACCUGCCUCACGUUCUAUCUCCCAAAUCCACCACUUUCCAGUGCUAAGAAGGGGUCGAGAUCGAAGAUGAGCCUGGCUAUUGCGGCCGGUAAAUCAUCACAAACACGUGCACUAGGCCUUUCUUCCACAAAACCCAGUCUCCAUGGAGACAAUUGUGACUUUCUCUUUGGGGGCAGAUGUAUUUUUCUCAUCACAAGGCACGGCCUUAGUCCAUAGUUAUAUUUGAAAAUGUUUUGGUCGCGUUUUGUGAGGAAGUCAUUGUCAUAUUGGCAGAGCGGCUUGUAUGCAAACGUCUUUGAGACGACACAAAUCAAGACCAGAGUGGCAGACCUAUAUCGUCUUUCUGCCAAAGUCGCUUCAUUAAUUCUCGGUUGUGGGGCCGCACUUUAGCCCAAAUCGAGGAAAUGCUGGUGUGCUUGAAGGGUCAUCAGUCUGUGUAGGUUCUAUUGCCUAUGAUGUCGAGGGCGCAGAAACGGAUUCAAAGUAUUCCGGCCCUGAACAGAACGGGCGUGCUCAGCGCCUAUGGCAUGCUAAAGUAGGUCCAUAUAGUACAGCCAGGCAAUGCCAUGCGCAUGGUUGACGAACGCCUACCCAACAAAAUAUCCUGCACUAAUGAUGGCACGGAUGAUCGUAGACGGGGUGGACAAACACGACGUACGAGGACACCCUGGGGAUAUCACACAGGCACUAAGGUGCAGUCCUGCCUGUCCUGACCUCGAUUGCCCUGCUGUGGAUAUUUCUCAGGGCAUUCCGUCGCCACUCCUCGCGAAUCUUAGCAAUAUAUAGUUCAGCACGCUCUUUUCUGUCUACCUGCGUCAAUAAAAGUAAUUUUCUAAACCUAAAAACUUGUCAGCGCACCCAGAUCUGCAGUAGCCCCAAAAGAGCGAUGUGAGCGAUAUUAUAUGACUGGCUGUAUUCCACCUACAUAUUCUGCACGUUUUGCCUGUUAAACAUUUAUAUGGUAUAACACAAGUCUUAGCUGAUUAAUACCUUCGAAAGUGUAUUCCCCCUGACGAAUCCGUCAUUAGGGUUAUUGCGAAACCCGGUCUCCCUCUAAAAAAUAACUAUUAAAACCGGCCACCCGAUUACGAGACGGUCACGCUCUAGUCAAAGAAGAUGAAUUAGGGCUGUUUGUCGAAGGGAACUCUCCUAUCGAGUGUUAAACGGUAGGUGCGUCCCGAACCUUCGUUUGUCGCCACUUGCACCCCAGAAGUCUACCCACCCACAAAUCCCGACUAUGUCUUUUGUGGGUAGAUAGCUUUCCUCUUCACCAAGACUCACUCGACGGGUUCUGGAGUGCGGCCCCGGUAGAAAGAUUUUGUAGAUUUUCAGCUGCUGGCUUUAGCGCGUGUCAUGUCAAAGAUGUUUGCGGACAGUUCGUCCUGCCAAGAAGACAAUGUAUUGUAUCCAGUUGGUCAACGUUUGUAAUUCUCCACGCCCUCUCCGCAAGCGCUUCCAAUUUUGGCGCUCGUUGACAUCCUCCCGUCCCCUUUUGUAAUCCUCUUCCGAGCAUGAUCGGUGUUCUUUUAAUUAACUAGUUUUGUAUUCUGACUGUGGGCUGGGAAUUCGAUUUGCUCGAACAGUUACAAAGGAAUUCUUUAUCUAGGGUGUCCAUUGCUGAGGUUUGUACGUUUUUUUUACUACUACCUGUAUUCUAUCAAUAGUACUGCAUAUACACCGAAAUCCGUUUUUGGCUUAUACGUGUUACUCGGCUAGUAAAGAAUUCUACACAAUGGCUUUCUCACUUUCAUUGUCGAAUUUUCGAGACCCUGUGCAAAGGCGUGUUCGGCUUUUUCUUCUCUGUCACCGUGACCUGUGUCCCUGCCGCCCGAGGCUGACCUGGAAAAGUCGCGCUCACCGCUGUGGUUGUUGUUCAGACCUUUUUUCAUGGCCCAACAAAACUAGCAUACCGAGAUAGUGUGCGGCCGUCUGCGGAGCACUCAUCAGUUGCACACUCCCACUGUCUGUAUGUACAGGCAUAGUAUACUACUUUUAGCCGUCAGUUCCAUUUCUUAUCUACCUUGAAAAUGUAAAGUGCUAGUCUUGGCUGCGCAAAUUUUCCCCUCUCCUUCAAGCCAGUUAACCUAUCAUUUACGGAGUACGGAAAAAGAAACUUUUGUAGGACACUGCGGGGAUUACCAUUAUUUCGUAGGCUCUGUUCCAGCAUGCCCAGAAUUCAAAUACCCAGCUUAGAAAAUGUUGGAGAUCUGGGCCGAUAAUCGGAGAAAUAUGAAGAGGUCGCCGGAUCAGUGGGAUCGAGUGGCUGACGUUUCGGAGAGCUUGGCCGGCUCUCAACUAUCAAAGCGUUUUAUGCAAAAAUGGACCAGAAUUUUGAAUAAACGGCCGAAUUAGUUGGCCUCGGGCCGGUCGACUUUUUUCUCUCGCGACCCUGACUUACAGACCAUUGUCUGUGAAUGUAGGCGGCCUCCUGUGUUGCUUAUCGUCACCCCGAUGGGGGUCAGUUACACCUGUGCUGCCCUUUUGAGACUAGACCCAAACUCACAGCUUGCGACUCGCAUCAGAGAAGCUGGCCACAGUUUUGAUUUUCAAGCAGCAACCGUCUUAAGCCAGGACACCUCAAGGACAGAGCGUCUCUCACUUGAGGCAUGGUAGUCAGAUGCCAACUCCAUCAACAGGCAUCUAGACCUUCCGGUGGCCUUUAAACUCCUACGCCGUGACCAGGUCAAGACGGUCCCACGGAGCUUAAAAAUACUGAGUAAACACGGCUCGUCGACUAAUUCGCCCAAAAGAGGAGCACAGAUGCAACCGACCCCCAUUGAGGUGACGACAUGCAACGCAGGAGGCCGCCUACACUUACAGACAACGGUCAGUAGGCCAAGCCAGCAAAAGAAGAAAAUCGGUCACCCAAGGCCAACUAAUUCGGCCGUUUGUUCAAAAUUCUGGUCCAUUUUUUUGCACGAAACGCUGUUUGUACGCUAUCCCUUCAGGGCAAAGUCUACAAAGCGGUAAAUACCCUCGGUAUCAGCUUUCACCACGUACGCAGUUGGCUAUCUCGAAACCGUCACCAUCUAACGCCGGACCUGGCUAAGGUGAAGCAUCAGACGAUUUCGACUUCAGGUCGCCGCGACACAGCCGGACCGUCUACGUCGACGUGCAGUCGAUAGGUCAAACUCCUUGCCGACUGUACAACUAUUUGAAGACGCGGUCCGCCAAGCAGGUUCGGAGAAUCGAACCCAAGCACCGUCUUUCUUAUACUUUCAUGUAGUGGAUCCUCCCAGAGCCCGCGAGAUCUCUUCUCUGUGCCACCACCAUCUGUCUUGGUGGACUUUCCAUAGAUUCAUAACUUGGUCUUAAUGGCAUCAAGAACGUCACUCUCCUCGCCAUUUACACCAACAGUGGUCAUCAUUUAAUGCUAGUAAACUAGAAUCAGGCCAUCUGGCAGCCUUUUUGGGACGGAAGGAAUCGAAAGGAGCGGCGAUAUGCACGAAAUGAACGGAAGUGGCAUUUUAGGGUUCCACAAAAUGAGAAGUUCAACGGCACACAUCUCCGCCCUGAUUGGAAACUACGCUGAUUCUUCUCUGUCCGCGAGUUGCAUUACGAGCGGUAGCGGUUGGCAGGAACAUUAAGUGGACUCGUAUAAUGAUAGUUAUUGUACAAUCAUCUGUCUCCUCGCUGAAGGUCGAUAUAACAUCAGCAUUGCUACAGUCUGUUUGCUCGGUUUCUGCUUCCAAGUUUUGUGUCAGAUAGCCGCACACGCAGAUAAGACCAUGCAGCUGUACUGCCGAGGUGACAAUACUUCUGCGACCUCCAACGAAACACCUGUCAUAAUCGGACGUGUGACCAGUUUGUUUUAAUCUCGUGUACACCUUGUAUUUGGGCGUAGCAUUUGUGGCUGGACUCAGCCUUCUUUUACGAUUGUAACCUUAUCUCAUCCUCCACUCCUCUCAUUUUUCCGGUACACUUACCCACUGCCACUCCAUCCACCCUCAUUUCUUCCUCUUCUUCUUCACGUAGGUCAUGAAGACUCGGAUGGCCCUGAGACGCACGGGGGACCCCAAUUCGAUAGUACGUUGCCUGCGGACUAUUUUUCAGCAAGGUGGCUUCCGCAGUUUCUACCGGGGAUACACCAUCAGCAUGCUCAGCUACGUACCCUACUCCGGUAUGGAACUUUCCUUCUAUGAGGUAAGUCAUCCUAGGGAUGUCGUUUCUCGCAAACAGUCCUCCGACCGCUUGACAGUCCUGUUACUGCCGUUAACCAACCUGGAAAUUGUUAGUGGCGGCACCGACUGCCUGACCAACUCCUGACGCUUCGGGUGUGGAGCCCUCGUAGACAAGCAAGUAAUGAUGAUAAUUUUCGCUGACAAAGAAGAACUAAAUUCGAAUGACCACCUCUAUUUCAUUUGUCACAGUCUCCCAGCCAUAAUAUCACCCGUUGUUUUACCCACCACGGAGAUCAGAUUACCGAGGCAUUAACUCGUCAAGUAUUUUUAAAUGUCCGUCACACUUUCGGUGCACAUCGAUCGUCGGCCACCCUCUCGGACAUGGCAUAUUAGUGUGAUGCCAAGAAAAGUUCGGCAAUCCGUAGUGUGCAGCAAGUAUUUUGGAACCCGGAAGAUGAACAAGCUGGUGAUGGGUUAUCGCGUGUCCCGCCGCCAUGCUUGCGUUUGUAUCUUGGAAUUCAGCCAUCGCUCAUGUCGAUGUGGCUAUUCACCUUCGGGCCCAUCUAUAAAGAACUUUUGUCGACUUUUUUUAUCAUCCAUGGUGGUCCUUAGAUUUAAGAACGCUCGAUAUAAUGAGCUAAAGCGCUGAACUUGUGUAGUUUGCCGACAGAGUCGCGCUUUUACCGACCAUACAUCCUUCGUUAGACCAGCCUUUGUCGGUCUUUCACCGUUCAGUGGCGCCACAUCCCUUUUAGCCUUAUAUCUGGCACUUCGUUGCAUUCAUCGUCUAGUUUGGUCAUUUUAAGCAGCUUCUGCACCUUCGCUCGUGUUUUCGCUGCUUGGACACCAAGACCCUGUGUCUACCAUAGUUACUAAUACUGCCGAUGCGCGCACUAGCAAUGUUCAGAUCAGUCAACAUGAAUUGGCAACGAUCGGGCGAAGGACCCCAAACACACACGACCAGCCAAAGUUGCCUGUCUUACGGAAAAAGGUGGUAAAGGGGUUUUACGGGCGGGACCUCUGUAUGCAUAGAGGAAGGGCAAAAUAUGUAUAGGUAAUUGGCAAGUUCGUUUCCCGGGCGGAAACGUUUUAAUGUAUUGGCUUAUAGCAAACGAAAUUAAACAGGGCAAUUAAAAGAACCAACAUUAAGUAUCCACAACGAUCUCUUCUCAACUCUCUGAGCUAAGGCCAUUGUAGAUAAUGCACCAUAUUGUCUACAAUAGACAACUCAAAAUUAUACGAUAAAACACCAAAUCGAAAUAAUUGUGUCGGACUACACCCAAUUAAACAAGUGUAGUAAAUAUUUUUUGUAUGCCACAGAUGCUUGGGGCCCUUCUCCCGAUCCUUGUCAGACGUGUUAUUUAAAGUACAGCAGGUGCAUUAUCUCAAGAAAUGUUAACUUAAACUCAAAAAUGUGUUCGUUUAGAAGGAAUUACUCAAGCUGGGUUGUGCUACUAAUUACUAUGUCGCAAAUCACGUCCUCUUCAAAUUUUAUGCUGGAAGAAGGGGUAUCUUUCGGUUUUAAAAAUUUCAGAAGUCAAGUCCGGCAAAGGCGGGGCCUCGCAGCUCAGAUGGUUAGAGCGUUGGCUGUACUAAAGCCUUCCCCUUACUGCGUGGGUUCGAAUCCCACCGAGGCGCCGAGUUUUUCACAGUUGGGUCAACAUGAACUUUCGAUUAUUUAUCAUCAGGCCCGUAUAGUAAUUUAAGGGAGGGUAGAGUAGCAAAAGUUAAACAGCCAAUAAAGGUCAGUAUGGGAGCGAGGGUUGAGGGCGUUCAGAGGUCAGGGGUCAGAUUCUAGUUCUGUCAGGGGCUUAGGGAGGAGGAGAGGGAAGGGGUCUGGCAAUUAGCUGUCUCUGUUUCACCGCUGUUGCGCGACGUGAACACACGUGCUGGGUUUGUCUUUGUCCAGGGGAGCCUUAGCGUUUUUACAAACGCCUUGUGCGAGCACAAGGUUGGGUUGACUAACCGUAUGACCACUGUCUCUGCCGUCGCAAGCAUCAUCUGACGUAGGAACUUGGAGUGUCUCGGCGACACACUCAGGAUGUUUGAUUGACGUCUACCCGGUGGCCGCUUUCAACCACAAUUGCGCUAGAGGUGGGUUUUUCCACACGUUGAUUUAGCCAGGCAGGAUGGUGUUCUCGCAUCCGCCUGGAUAGACGCCUAGUUGUUCGACCAGUAUAACCUGGCCCACACAAAACAAGUGAAGGUGUAGACGCACAUUGAAGAGGUCUGAGAAGGCAGUCUAUCCUUACCUUCAAGGCGUAUAGAGAUGUAUGCUUUUCCUUACACGGAAAAUAUACAGCUUGUAAUUUGGAGACCCCGAAUGCAAGCAUAAAAGCAAGCCGGGUUCAAAACUAUUCGGAAAUCGAAAGUUUUUGAAACCGAAAGAAACCCUUUCUUCAAGAAAUAGAAGAAAUAGUUUGUACUUGUUUUCUGUAAAGUGAAUCUGAGUUUAUAAGGUCAUCGGAGCUCAUUGGGAAAGAUUCACACUAUAAUAGUAGCGGAAAUUCUCAUGGAGCCAUUCAGAAGAGCAUUUGGCCAGCAUACUCGUGCUUUUGAUAAAUCCUCACCGGGCCAGUACCUUUACAUGGGAACGAGGUACAAAGCGAAACGUGUCGUCAAUAAGAUGAAUCGAUUACUGUUCGUCUUUUCAUACAAGCGGAGUGCGUGAAUAGGAGGGGGGAGGGGAGGCAGCAGAUGACAGUGAAAGUUAGGUAGAGCCGUGUCACAAGGGGGUAAGGGAACGGGGUCACGGAGGCAUGCAUACAGUUAAUCGAUCUUUGCCCAGCGUAGAGGCGGAGCCUACAAAAGGUUUUUCUGCGCGCACAGGAUCGGCCCCCGUAGCCUGAUGGCAACCGCUUCUGCUAUUGCUAGUAAGCGCUGACCUAGUCGCUUAGGUUAGUUAGGUGUGGCCUUAUAAAUCACACGAAGGGCUUCGUUGGACCCACACGACGCCCAGAAUCAACCUUGUGCGGGAGGAUGGAGCUGUGUAGGCUUUUAACUUCACCCUUCCUCAGCCAUGCCGGCAGGUGUUCUCGUAUUCUUGUGGAUAGGCGCCGACUCGUACGACCAAUAUAGCCUGCUCCACAGGACCAGGUAAAGGAAGUCAUUUUUGGAGUGCGGUUUUUGCAGACGACCGAAAAGCAACUCAUUCAAAAGCAUGAUCGAAAAAUAUUGGGAGUACGCUGCAUGUUACAAUCCUCUCUGAUCGAAAACACAUUCUAGAAUUUGGGUUAACAUUUAGUGAGGUCUACUUCUACUUCCUGUUUAUGUGGUCGCAGCUAUAUGGUGUUUCCUGCAUUAUCGGCAUCGUUAGGCUGUUUGUCAGAUCCUCGGUCACCCAUUCUGACAUAUAUUGCUUGGAAGAUGUUUUCACUGGUUGAAUUUGGACGAAUACUGCACUACCGUUCGAAAGUAAGCGUCUCCGUGCACUGUUCUGACUCAUGCAGGAUUUUGCCGGCGGUGCUGCUGAUGGCAGUGGGGAGGGGGGAGGAGGCAGACAACAGUGACCCGGAGACGGUCCUGUACAACAACUUAGGGACAAUACGUCUCCACUCAAUAUAGGGAAUUGAUCGAAUUAAGAUGAUUUUGUGAUACUGUAGGUCUUAGUUUUUGACAUCAUGUCUGUCUAGGACUUUCCAAACCAAUUUGCUUUUUUCAACGCCACCUGGCUUUCUGUAUCUUCCCCCAUUAACAUUUUGUUGAACUCUUUUUGCUUAAAAACUUCUGCACGGCUUUUCCGGCAAAUUGUGCAUUUUGGAAAUUUGGUAAUGUCAUUCGCCAAAAUAUAUUUUUGCCCAUUUCGGCACUUCUGCUUAGCCAGUUUAUUCUGUUCUUGGCAACCAUGUGUCUCGUGGUUCUCCUCACUUUGCCUCACCGUUUCCAUCCUAAAUCCAUUAACUGGGUAAUAGAAGUGGAUUUUGCAGUAGCCCGGCUUCUAAGUUUUCAUAUCCUCUUUCACUACCAGUUGUUUAAGCGGAGCUAUAUGGUACACUUCCACAACUACCAUCCCGGAGACCCGAUGCCUCACCUAUCCGCCCCGGCCGCGAUCGCCCUCAUCGUCUCUUCCUCCUUCCUGCCAAUGCUGGUGGUGUAUCCGGCCAAUCUGCUGCGCACCCGCUUCCAGGCGUCCACCUGUUCCAGACCAAUGUCCAUCUUAGGCACAGCACGCGACAUCUGUAGAGCGGACGGCAUGUUGGGCCUCUAUCGCGGUUUCCUUACCAGUCUCACUAAGACCCUGCCCUCGGUGACCAUCAGUUACCUGACUUUUGAGUUCGUCAUGGAGUUGAUGCAUUUGCCUACCCUGGGAUCGAGGUAG